UCGGGUCCUUAUCAUUUUUCGAACAAGUGUUUAUCACUAAUUUUGUGUAAGCAUGAUAGUCGAGAUGUAAACUGUAAAGUAACGUACUAUAAUUUACAACUACUACCUACGUUCAAUGUUGAAUAUUAUGCUAUAAGUUUACUUUAAUUUAUUACCAUUACCGUCGAAAGACUAGAAAUUAACGAAGAAUUUUACAAAUAUAAUUUCAUUUUUUUAUUAAAGUACAUCAGUACAAUUCAAUAUGAUUGAUCUAAGUAUGUGGGAGAACUUUCCAAUGUUAAUUCCAAGCAAAAAUUGUAAAUCUUGGAAAGGAUAUAUUUCGUUAAAUACGUAUAGUGUUUACAUAGAAAUAUUUUGCCCUAAUAUACCACUACUAGACAAUUUAAAAGUACAAAUUCCAGAACUUGAAGCCUUCAACUUCCAUCAAUUUGAUUUGAAGGAAACAAUAGAAAUAUAGAAAUCACAAAGAGCAGUGGUUACAAGAUAGAUGCAGCUUAAAGCGAGUAAAAAACUAGACGAUAUGACUGUACAUUAAAAUAUACGUUUACACUGUGAAACAACUGAGUACUUAUCGAUUACUACGAGUAAAUUGUUAUCUUUUGUUUUGUGGAUAUGGAUGUAUAUAACUAUGUAAAUGUUAAACAAAAAACACAUUCAUUGCCAGAGUUUUUAAAGGAAUUAAUUCCAGUUUUGGUAAAAGUUUGGAAACAAGAUACUUCUAUAAACGUGCCAAAUUCAAGCUAUAUAUUUAAUGAAGAAAAGUUCCAUUCUGUAAUUCAAGAAGUCAAUUUAUAUGGUCAAUAUGUGCAUACAAUUGACGAAAACCUAAAACACAUAACUUUUAAUGUUUUAGAUAUGUGUAAGCACAGCCAUUUUAUAAAAAUUUUUAUACCUGAUGAAUAUCCCAUGAUUAAAAAACAACCAUUAUGUUUUGAAACUAUGGUUCCAUCAGUAAGCUUGAACUUGUUUUUGAAGAUGACCACUAUUUUAAACUUAUUCGAAACGUUUAAAAAUGUUGUUAAUGAAUUAAGCAAUUUUUGGAACGUGCACAACGAAAUUAUUAGCACUUGCAAUCCUAUAGGAUCUUAUACUUUUAGAGAUGUUAAUUAUAGAAUACCUAUUGGUUUAGGAUGUUGUAACAUUUUAUUAGAUAUUCAUGUAUGUGUUGAAGUUGAAGUUGAUCCAUUGAAUCCAUUGAACUGUCCUAAAUUUCAUCUUCAUGGUCGCCCAGCUUCUAUGGAGAAGUUUCAAAAAAGAUUAAAUGAAAUCAAUCCAAUUUUGAUUUGGAGUACCGAAAACAGUUUUAAAGAAAAUAUUUUGAAUGUAUUUGAAGUUCCUACUCUUCAGUCACAAUAUGAAGAAGAGAAACCAGAACAUUAUAUUGCAAGUCAAAAUGAUUUGAAUUGUUGUUGUAUAUGUUAUGAUCAAUUAGAUAUGGCUUUAAAAAACCAAACCAAAUCGUGUGUUAAUGAAAAAUGUGAUGCAUUAUAUCAUAUGUCAUGUAUUUGUGAGUGGUUGCUGAAUUCUGGUAGUACACCAAUGUUUGAACAUUUGCAAGGCAAAUGUCCUCAAUGUGAAGAAGACAUGCUGGUAGCUCUGGAAAAUUUUGAUUUGAUUAAAACUUGAAUAUUAUAUGUGAAUUGAAAAUAUCUAAGAAAAAAAAUAACACAGUCUUAUUAAUCAAAUCAUCAGCCAAAGAACAUGUUAGUGUGUCACUUACCAUUUGACGAACCAAGUUAAUUUGUUCAAGAAUGUACAAGAUGCGUGUAACAUUUUAAUUUUUAUAUAUAUUUUUUGUACUUUUCUAUGUCAAAUAUA